AUGGCGAGCGCACCGGUGCAGCUGCCCGGUGCAGUAGAGACGGAGGUGGAAGCCGCGACCACGGAAGCCAAGCCCACUGGUUCAACGGGGCCGGCAACGGAGGUGGGCAGCAGCGACGGGACUGACCGCAACCAGGAAGAUGUCGAGCAAGGCGGUACUGCACUGGAGCGCAUCAAGACGAACUUUGGUGAUCGGCCAGAAUGCUUCAAGAACACAUUUCAAGAGGUGUCGUUCGUCUUUCAGGCCACCGUCGCAACGGCGACUACCUCUUUCCUGACCGGUGUUGGCAUGAUUGUGACCGCUAAUAUCGGCCGCGACCUCGGUAUGACUCAGGGCGAGAUCUCGUGGAUAACAGCCUCGACCUCCCUUGUCGCCGGCGCGUUCCAGCUCGCGCUGGGACAGCUUGCGGAUUUGUUAGGUCGAAAGGUCAUGUUCGUUGUCGGCAUGGGGUCGUUUAGUGCGUUCGUGCUGCUCUUGGCCUUUGCGCAAAAUCCCUUCUGGAUGGUCAUCAUGUGUGGUGUUCUAGGUAUUCCUUCGGCGAUGAUUGUCCCGCCGGCCAUCGGAAUCCUGGGCGCUGCGUACAAGACGCCCUCGAAGAGAAAGAACAUCGCCUUCUCUGCAUUCAGCGCGGGAAAUCCUUUGGGGUUCGUAUUUGGGUUGAUCGUCUGCGGUAUUGCAUCUUCGGUCUCGAGCUGGCGAGCGGCGUAUAUAUUUCUCUGCAUCCUGUGGGCUGUCUUCACCGCCCAUGCCAUCUGGGCUGUUCCGAACGUGGAGAACUUUGAUCGUGCACCAUUAAGGGAAAGGGUCAAGGCGCUCAAGCACUUUGACUAUGUUGGCACGAUCUUGACUAUAUUCGGUACAGGUAUGUUUACUGCUGGUCUCACUCUAGGACCAGACGAUGGGUGGUCGAGCGCUACUGUUAUUGCACUUCUCGUCAUCGGAAUCGUUCUGCUUAUUUUGUUUGUUCUUUGGGAACGGAUUUACCCAAAUCCGUUGAUGCCACCGUACAUUUGGAAAGACCGUAAUUUCAGCUUGGUCAUCGCGAAUACUCUGUUAGGAAUGAUGAGUUUCACCGCCUCUGGUUUCUGGAUCGCAUAUUAUAUGCAGAGCGUCCAACAACUAUCCACUAUAACAGUCGCCGUACAUCUUCUUCCCAUGGCUGUUGCAGGGCUCACAUGGAACGUUGUCGCUGGUCAUAUCCUCCACAAGGUCAACAAUACACUUAUCGUGAUAGGUGGCUCCCUGUGCUUCUUGGCUGCGGCCUUGUUGCUCUCCUUCAUGGGGCCGGAUAGCAGCUACUGGGCCUUUAUCUUUCCAGCUCUUAUACUCAAUGUCGCCGGAGCAGACUUUAAUUUUAAUGUGGCAAACAUGUAUGUAAUGUCCUCAAUGCCAAUUCACCAACAGAGCAUGGCGGGCGGCAUUUUCAAUGUGGUCAUCAGGUUAUCGAGUACAGCUGUUAUGGGCAUCACGACAGCUGUGUUUAGUUCCGUCGAGCUUACACCCGCGGGAAUGGCUGAUCCUUUGCUGAAGUACACUCGGACAUUCCAGGCUUGUGUAGCCCUCUCGGCAGCAUGUGUGUUGGUUGCUCCGUUCAUCAAGCUAGGAACACAGGGAAACAUUUCCAAAGCGCCGACGGACACGGAGGAGAAGCCGGGGCUUGCGGCAGUAGGUGGCACCAAAGAUGGAAUUAUGGAGAAAGAAAUAGAGGCCAAUUAG